AUGAGUAAAGUUGAAGGAUUACAAAUGGAUGAUUUAGACGCAUUAUUAGCCGAUUUGGGCAGACCAAAGAGUGGAAAGCCAGCUGUACAAGUUGCACCAACUACUACCACCACCACGGUCAAACCCUUGGACACAUCCUCCAAGGUACAAUUGAGUGAAAUAGAGAGCCUUAUGGGCGACUUGCAGGCCUCGGUCGAGACCAAGCCCACCCUCUCAUCCUCCUCAUCCAACUCUUAUAACAACACUAGCUCAAACAAUUUGUCAAGCAACAAGGCAAACACUUCACAGCAGGCGAUCGAUACAUCUGAUGAUUUGGACGCAUUGAUGGAGUCACUCAACAGUUCCAUCUCAUCUGCCAUCAAGGCCAGCAACUCUCCUCCAGUACCCGCACCAGCACCAGCACCUGUUCAACAACAACAACAACAAAACACCUAUACAUCAUCGGCCUCGGCCGCUCCACAAGCUGGCCAGCCAAUGAAAUUCACAUCGACUGCCACUGUCACCUCUAAAAAGGCACCACUUCAAGUCAGCAAGGCUGUCCUCGAGGUUGCACCACCAAAAUCUACUCCAGCCACUGCAACCCCCACCCCAGCACCAAUCGUUGCCAAGCCCGCCCCAACUCCAGCUCCAGCACCAGUUACUGCUCAACCAUCAUUGUCUACCGAAGAUUUGGACGAAUUGCUCAAGAAUUUGAGUCCAGCUGCCACCGUCACCCCAACCGUCGCUGUCUCCAAGCCUGCUCCAUCCGUUGCCACAUCUAGUCGUCCAUCUGUUGCUUCAUCUUACCCAGCUUCAGCCAGUGUCAGUGUAUCAAAUAACAACAACAACCAAAACAACAUCAACCAACAACAACAAAAUAAUGGUGCAGUACGUCCAAAGGUAGUUCAAGGUGAUGAUUUGGACAAGUUAUUAUCCAACCUUACCAGUCAAAUGAAUGAUAUUGAUUCGACCGGACCAACAUCACGUGGUACUUGUGCUGGUUGUCGUAAACCAAUUCUCGGUGAAACCAUCCAAGCCAUGGGCAAGAUGUUCCAUCCCGAGCAUUUCUCGUGCAGCAACUGUCACAACCCCAUUGGCACCAAGAACUUCUACGAACAAGAGGGAGUUCCCCACUGCGAAAAGUGUUACCAAGAGUUGUUUUGUGCCCGUUGUGCUCACUGCGACGACCCCAUCACCGAUCGUUGCAUCACUGCUCUCGGCCGUCGUUUCCACGUCCACCACUUUGUUUGCACACAAUGUCUCAAACCAUUCGAGGGAGGCAACUUCUUUGAACGUGACGGUCGUCCCUAUUGCGAGACUGACUUUUACGCCACCUUUGCUGCCCGUUGUGGAGGUUGCAACCAACCAAUCCGUGGCGAAUGCAUCAAUGCCCUCGGCACCCAAUGGCAUCCAGAGCACUUUGUCUGCCAAUAUUGUCAAAAGUCAUUUGCCAGUGGCACCUUUUUCGAAUUUGGAGGCAAGCCAUACUGCGAUAUUCACUACCAUCUCCAAGCCGGUUCCGUUUGUGCAGGUUGUGGUAAAGCCAUCUCUGGACGUUGUGUCGAUGCUCUCGACAAGAAAUACCAUCCAGAACAUUUCGUUUGCGCUUUUUGUAUGAACCCAUUGGCCGGUGGAUCUUACACUGCCAACAAUGGUAAACCAUAUUGCAAGGGUUGUCAUACUAAAUUAUUCUCUUAA